CCUUUUUUGAGAGGGAGAGGGUGGGGUUUCCCCUUCCUCGUGUCCUCAGACCUGAGUCUGGGUCCCCGGUGAUUGGGUGUCGUCUCCCUGUCGGUGACUGCGUUGGUCCUGGUCCCCGAGCUGAACCACUCGGAACGCUCCCGCUCCAAGUGAGAGACCUUCCACCGAAAGCCCGGCGAUGGAUCAGCACAAGUACCGCGCGGCGGGCGUCCAGGAGAAGCUGGAGAUCGUCGGGGUGGAGGACGAGGCCGGGAACCCCAUCAGCGCCCUGACCAUCCUGUCCCUGCUGGAGCGCGUGGCCGGCAUCAUCGACAACGUCCAGUCCUGCCAGCAGCGCAUGGAGGAGCGUCAGCUGGACCUGGAGAGCAACAUCAAGACCAUCCAGGGCGACGUCCUGAAACUGGCCAAGGACCACACCGACACCAGCUGCACGGUGGAGAAGCUCCUGCAGAAGACCCGCAAGGUCAGCGCCAACGUGAAGGAGGUGCGGACGCGCGUGGAGAAGCAAAACGUCCGCGUGAAGAAGGUUGAAACCACGCAGGACGAGCUGCUGACCCGCAACAAGUUCAGAGUGGUCAUCUACCAGGGCGAGGCCGAGGUCCCAUCAGUCGCCGUCACCAAAUCUCCCAAAGGAUGCGGCCUGGAAGGGCUGGAGAUGGAGCCCGACUCCUACGACGUGCCCCUCGACCUCUCCUCGGACGAGGAGUACCUGAGCGUGGAGGAGGCCGACCCCUCGCGAGCCGCCCGCAUCAAGAAAUCAGUGGCAAAGAGCACCGAGACCCUGAAGGCCGCCUUCUCCAAGGAGAACAUGAACAAAACCAAAGGCAGCCUGGGGACCAAGUUCCACAACCUGGGCGAGAAGGUCAUGCCGCCGGAGCGGCGGGACCGGAUGCACCAGGCCGGCGAGCGGCUGAAGCAGUCCGGCGAGCGGCUGAAGGAGAACAUCGCCAAGAAGGCGCCCAACAAGGAGACCUUCCGCAUCAAGCUGAAGAAGGAGAGGGCCGUCGCCGAGGGGCAGGAGGGCGCCGAGGGCGAGCUCCAGGGCCCGGCCGCCGCGGAGGAGAAGCCGGUCCCCUACACCGAGGUCGCCAUGGAAACCAAGAGAGAGGGGCCGGUGGAGGAGGCCGGCGCCACCCGGAAAGGGGAGGAGGAUUACGGGAAGUAGAUCGGAAGGGAGGAGGAACAUCGGAGGAACGCACGCGAUGCCGAGCGCUUAGAGGGAGGCUCUCUGAUUGGUCGACGUCGAUGACGGACACUUGGCUAUUUUUGUUCUGGAAAUCAAAUCUGUUUUCACGGUGUUGACUCAAGUCACUUUACUCCGUCAGAGUUUAUCCGCUGACGGUGUUUUCAAACAGAAAUCCCGUUUAGAUUGUGUGCGACCAAAAGGUCAGGGGUUUGAGAUGGUGACCGGGGUCAACGGGGUCACCGUGCAGGUGCUGGAAGGAAAAGGAAUGGUUGCAAAGGGAGACGAUGAAGGUUGAACUUUGACCUGGAUGUACAUGUGAUGUGGAACGAGGGAACUACAGAUCAAAUGACGGUGGAACAGAACGUGGUCGGUUCGGGCCUCAGCAGCCUCUGAAGCACACGAAGAACAAGACAAAGUGCACAGCCUGGGCCUCAGUUACCCAGCAUUCAUUGCACCGAAACGGGGAAACGUGAGUUGGUCACGCAGGACGUAAUAUGGGUUAGCGGUUAGCGCAUUAGCAUUAAAUAGUCACGACAAGAACAGACUGCUGAGUCCGUUGAGUUUAUUUUCAAAGCGAACUUUCAACAACAAAUCAUUAUUAUUAAUUACAUCCAAGAUUUAGAUAAAGAUAGAGCCUAUAGAAACAAGAUCAGAAUAAAGAGGUGAAUUCAGUGCAGUGAAAUACGUUUAAUUGAAUAAAAUAAAGUGGCCAGUUCUGACCUGUCAAAUGUCAUGAAAACACACAUCCUCAAAGUCUGUGUUUUAUUUUCUGAUUGCAUCACGUCUGCUUCCUUCAUUUCACACUCAUUUGGUGUCUUUGGAACCGUUUUCACUGGAAUCCUAAUAAGGUUCUGCUGGGUUUGUGUGUCCGGUCCCGCUUCCAUGGAGCUGCAGGCGAUGGACCUCUGACGCUUCUCUUUUCUUCUUUCUUCAUGUCCAGUGUAGCUGCUUUAUAUUCAUAGUUUCUGUCAUUGUGUUUUGUCUUAAUCUGCACUUCCUGUUUGGCUUCAGACUGGUGUUCAGUUUAUUUGACCUGGUGAGUGAGGAUGCAUCUUCCAUAACAGUUAUUUGUCAUUUACAAUCAUCUCAAUCCAGGUUUAUUGCAUUCUAUUGAAAAACAGCUGUGGUGUCAUUUAACCUUUUGUUUUUCUAUAAAUAAAGUUCUCAUGAAACCUG